CUGAAGUCCACCGAGAGUGACUGGAGAAAAAAGCAGGUCAGAAAACCAAAAGAAAGCAAGCGGAACAUGGUAUCCAGCCAACCGACUGUUGUCCACGAUGGGCAGGCCCCCACUGGCCCCUACAUCAAAAGAAUAACAAAUGAUGAUCGAGAAGAUGAGAUGGAAAAGAAUAUGAAUCAGAUGGGCAACCACAUUAAGAUUUUAAAAAACAUGGCACUGGACUUUGGCGACAGGAUUGACGACCAUAACAAAAUAAUUGAUGAUGUCAAUGAUAAGACUGCAACAACUAAAAGUGAAGUUGCUGCUGCGGAAAAACAAGCCAGGAAACACCAUUAAGACAAAUAAAGAAAGAACCACCAAAACUAUAUAUUUUCUAUACAUCUUAGAGUGAACAAUUAAUUUGUGAAUGCAGACCCCCCAAUGCAAUUGUCAUUGACACUUGUACAUAUGACAAAUAAACUGAAACUGAUCCGCAGUUCCCAUUCUACAUGUAUUUUUAUUUUUGCUUUUUCUAUGAUCCAUUUCAUUCAGAUGUACAUCAUCAUAUGGAAGAAAAGAUCU